GUGUUGCGUCCUCCCUCUCUUAGGGUGCAGUACUGCGAUGCCGCUGGGGUUACUCGAACCCCCAGAACUGAGGCUCUACUUUAGUCAAUCCUCUUUGACUGAGCGUCUAUACUUUAGCGAAUCCUCUCUGUAUAGCUGUAUGAACUGUACCAUUGGAGGCAGAUGAGUAUUACAUAUGUACAUGGGCAACCUAACCAAACUUGUACGGAGGUAGUGAGAGCGGAAUUUUCGAAGCAUCAGCUGUUGAUCUGCCGGUGAGAGCUGGACGAGUAAGACCAGCAAUUUGUGGUCAACUAUCACUUAAAAUGGCGAGUAACACAUUAUGGAAGACUCUGCGUAUAUUCAAUUACAACAGAUGCAUUCCCUGCACUAUAAGUCUCCCCUUAGUUAAUAAACAAACAGUUACAGUGACACCAAAGUGGGUUAAUCUCAGUGGGAAUAGCUACUGUGACGUCGUGUCAGAGGAGCCUAAAAAGCCCAACAACAAGAGAAAAAUUUUCAUACCGAAGAUAACGCUUCUUUCCGAGAAUAACGAAAUGACAGUGAUGACUAUUGAGGAGGCGGAAAAACUUGCAAGAAGACGUGAUUUGAAAUUGGUCAAGGUGGUCGACGUUGAAACGCGAGUGGAUAGACCUGUCUAUAGGCUCAUGAAAAUCCAGGAUUUCUUGAAGGAGGAAGCCAAGACUAAGGCUGCUGCGAAGGAUGCCAGGGAAAAGGCUAUAAAGGAGGACAAGACGAUAGCGAUAUCUGGAAAAAUCGCUGAUAAUGAUCUUCAUACUAAGAUCAAAAGCAUACAUAAAAUGUUGAGGAAAAGGUACGGCGUACGAGUGGUAAUUGCUGCUGAUGGCAAUGUGGAGAAAGCUAAAACUGUGAGGGAUACUGUUAUAGAGAGCUGCAAAGAAAUUGCCAAAGUUGUAACGAAGAAUGACUCUGCAUUUAACGCUAAAGUUACUCUUCGUCCAAUUCUUGAUAAAAUCAAUCAGGAUAAGAAAAAAGAGGAUAAUGAUAGCGAAGAAGAGGAUAGUCAUUGAUGUAUUUGCUGUAAUGAAUUUAUAAAUCUCAUUUGAACGCUGGAAUCCACUUGUAAAGGAAUCGUCUCUGUAAAUAGUUGCCCAUGAUUAAAUGUAUCUGAGUUUAAGAUUCAGCACAACUUGGAAUGUAAAGUCGAAAGAUUGCGAAUCCGUAACAUUCUGUAUAAAUAAAGUUUAUUCUGAUAAAAAUUCUA